GAUCUAUGAAAUAGGUUGUACCCUUCGGCCUUUGUAGAUUCCCGUGACUGCUGAGACCUCCGUCCACGCUAAGCCAUAUUGGGACAACCGCCAUCAUCAUUGACCUCCACUUCCAACACUCGGCUUUCCUAGUGAAUUGCGACAUCUCUCUCCCUCCCAUCUCGCUUACAAGAACAGCUACAACACUCGUGUUCCUGCCUUGAUCUCGCGUCCCCUAGUCACACCGCCACGACCACAGCCGAGCUUGCCAGCUCAUCCUUCUGCCUGAUCAGCCGAUUACUUCAAUAGGCGUCGCUCGCUCCCUGCACGACGGCCUAACCCGCCAUCUGCUCCAACAACAUUACACUUAAUUCUACCGUCUCAGUCAUGUCCGAGUCAGCUAGUGCGAAUGCGCCGAAGCCGAGCAGCAGCGUCAAGCUAGUCCUACUCGGCGAAGCUGCUGUUGGCAAGUCGUCGCUCGUCCUUCGGUUCGUCAACAAUGAUUUCCAGGAGAACAAGGAGCCAACGAUCGGCGCCGCCUUUCUGACACAGAAAUGCACUCUUCCCACGCGCACAAUCAAGUUUGAGAUUUGGGAUACAGCCGGCCAGGAACGGUUCGCCUCACUUGCGCCAAUGUACUACCGCAAUGCCCAAGCCGCCCUUGUCGUCUACGAUGUCACGAAGCCAUCAUCGCUGACAAAAGCGAAGCACUGGGUUGCUGAGCUGCAGCGCCAGGCCAGCCCCGGGAUUGUCAUCGCUCUUGUCGGUAAUAAGCUGGACUUGACCAAUGACGGUGGCGAUGCUACGGGGGCUUCAUCCGCUCCCCAGGCCGAGUCCGAGUCGUCAGGACAAGAUGAAACCGAGGCUGACGAGGAGGCCGAGGAGCAGCUUGCUGCUUCGGGCGACGCUCGGAAAGUGUCAACCCGGGAAGCCAGCACCUACGCUGAAGAGGAGGGCUUGCUGUUCUUCGAGACCAGUGCAAAGAUUGGAACCAAUGUCGUGGAAGUCUUCACCGCUAUUGCCAACGCUAUUCCAGAGAGUAGCCUGAAGACCGGCCGGGGAGCUGGAGGUGCUGGACAGACUGCGCUGGGAAGCCGAUCGGGCGAGGAUUCUCGGGUUAACCUGAGAGAACGGGGCGCUGCGACAGCCAAGGAGGGUUGCGCUUGUUGAGCCGCGAGAUAACGUGGUUCUUUUGAAGUUUUUGCCUCGCAAUUUUCAUGGGUCCAGGCGUCUCCUUUUCUCUGUGCUCCUUUUCUUUGUAUUGCUCGUCGCGGCAGUACAUCCUUGUUAUCUAUCCCUGUGCUUAUAUACCUCGCCUUGUCUUUAGUCUUCGUCAGGUUUCGCAAUGUUAGAAUUGUAAAUUGCCCGAUACACACCAGCUCAUGAACCUUGUAUGCAGAGCCCCGCAGCCAAUGAGAGCCAGCCGAGGAAACUCGCCAGUGUCACGGGACCAGAAAUCACGG